AUAACAAAAUACAAGCUCUAAAACUACUCUAUCACAGAAAUUAUCACAGAUUUUCAUCAGUGCAUCCCGUGAUGCAAAUCUUGGUUUGCUCCAAGAUGCCAUCACCGGUUCACUGGUAAACCUGUGACCAGGAGCAAAUCGUCGGCAAUGUCCGCCGACCCGCCUCCCGUUCCACUUCCAACUUCCCUACACAGCUGACUUCCCCCACAGCUGACUUCGCCACUCCCUAGCAAUUGCAAUCUAUGUUGCAAGACAUAGGUCGUGAUGGCGGGGGCGUCAGGGUCAUAAAUGGGCGAGACGUCGUCGCCUCGACAAUUUAUUUUGUUUAACUUGGGCGCCAAUAUGUUACGAACUGCUUUUUGUCGGUGGCAGUGCCGCUAGCUCAGUCGUUCCUCAGGGCAGAGUACCCCUAAUGCCACAGCUCGCAACAUAAAAUCGAUAACUUCACGGUCUCACAUUACUAAACUAUCGGUCAUCACUAAGACAAAAAUGUAAACAAAGCAAAAAUUUACAAGUAUUGACGGGAAAAUGGAUUACAUUUGGUGUCCUAGCCAAGCGCUCCCACCCAACCAUGGAUGCCCUCAAGAUGCUGCAGGGCACCACCCAUUCGCCGUCGGCAGGAGCCCCCUCCUCGCGACUACGGCUACGGUUCCAUCUCCCCCACUGGGAAAGCUUAUUCACACAUAGUGGGUAUUACAAAGGUUUAAUAAAUAUCCCUUUAAGACCGAAACCUGGCCGCCGUCUUCAACAUUUACGCGGUCAAAGCAGAGGAUUUUGUUUUGCUGGAAAAGGGUACAGGCGCCGCGGAAACUAUGCUCUACCAGUCAUGUAUUGGUAGAGCUCGCAUGGAAACGCGGCCCUCAAAGGAACAUACGCGAUGCGUAUGUGUAUGGUCACCUAAUCCUGAGGAGCUCCAAGGGAAAAGAAGGGACAGGCCAAAAAGACAAACAACGAGGACAAAUAAGGCUCUCGGGACUAACUCCGGAUAAAUUCACAAACAGUGAACUAGAUAUCAAUAUAUAUAUAAUAAAGGUACACAUGUAUUUAAAUUUUCCUGAAUUUCAGCCACUAUUGGGCCGGGCCUGGAGGCAAUGAUAGCCCGGGCGGAAGACCUUUCGCCGGAGGCCAGCAGUGAUCCGGAUCUCCACACAGGAAAAAGGCGCUCUCCGGUGAGUUAUGCAAUGGCAGGUUACAAAAUGGCGAUCCUUCUCAGCGCCGCAAUGCGACCGCUGGAAGUUCCCGAGAGGAGGAUGACGCGGUACACCGGAACGGACUCACCGGGAAAUGUUGACGUCGUCGGCGUCGACUGUGCAAGGCCUUCCUGGAGGGUCGUCGGCACAGGUCGAACGGACACCGGUUGCUGGGCAGCCAAGUCGGGCUGCACAAAGACAAAUUUGUAGUUUCCCGUCUACCUGGCUGCAUCUGCCUUGAUUGUUGGACAGUAUGGCCGCGACUAUCACGAUAUCUGCUGAUCAUCGCCCCCCGCCAUAUUACAUGGCCUCUCUCAGCAUUGGGUCAUUGGAUACAUGGGCCAUUAGAAGUAAUCCCAGAGCGAAUCGGGAUUAAUCUUCAAAUGGCCAGAUCGCCCGCCAGACUCAUCCCGCUGCUGCAGCUAUCGCCCUAUAGACCUAACCUAUCGAUAACGUCGCGCCCACUCGACUCCAAUUUCAACAUAUGCUUACAUAAUUUGGUAUUAUUAGAUUUUGCGAUCUUAUUGGAUUUUUACGUUUAUGGAAUUACGUCAUUGUUGACGUACGGACUUAAUCAAUUUUCUUUGUUUGUUUGCAUUGCGGGAUCUGUAUCGUUUUUAAUCA